AUGAACUUCAACCGGGGAGUCGACUACAGGCCCGUGCAUCACCCUUGGCGACCACCACAACGAGAUUUUAUCCCAGGCAUAGGCUGGGUCACCCCAAACGGUCGACGCCUGCGACGAGGAACCACAACAGGAAAGCCAUCCUACGCCUUUAUAUGGCCCAAAGACGGAAAGCGCGGAACGAAGAUGGGCCGACUCAAAGACAUCUUGCAGAACAAGGGCCCGGACAUCCAUCUCGCCAUCGGCGGCGAAAGAAACGUCCGACCUUACAACUGGCCCAUUAGGGCCAGAUGGUCCCGCUGGACUGACAUGCCCCAUGAGCAGGGACCAGACUUUGCCCUGCGCGCAGCGCCUUGGGUGCGCCCGUUCCGCGAAGAAGACAAGAGGUACGACUUCCGCACACGCACGUACAAGAGGCCCGAUCGAGCGACUUGGAUCGAUGCGUUGUGGCCGGAAGAACCCAACGGCCAGUACAAGGUCCCGCGGGCUUAUCGCUGUAUGAGGGCCAACUGGCACGACAUGUACAUACAUCAUAGAGGGGUGCCUCAGCCGGGGUGGAAUUUCUAG